UAAAAUGAAAGAUCUAUUAUUGACCUCGAAUUUUGUAUUUUCUAAUCUAACCUAACGUAACCUAGUUUUGAAUUGUAACGAAUCCAUUGUGAGACAUUGCGUGUUUCGUAUGGCAAUUCUCGCGUUUAUCCGAACAUCAUUCGGAUGAUUAAGAUAAGAUAUAAUCGUGACGCAUUAUCUAUUGCUUUUAUAAAGUCGCAAUACAUUUUUACAACAUUUAAUAAAGAUGUUACGAAAUGUCCUAAAGUUAAAAUUUGGCUACGACGAUUUUAAAAGUGACAUUCAGAAACAAGCUACUAUUGCAGUUUACAAAGGGAAACAUGAUGUAUUUGUGUGUAUGCCAACUGGUUCAGGAAAAUCUCUCUGUUUUCAACUACCGGCAGUGAUGGAAGAACACAAAGUAGCAAUUGUGUUUUCUCCACUUCUUGCUCUUAUGAAGAAUCAAAUAGAUUUUUUGAUAAACAAGAAGAUAAAUGCAUGUUCCUUGAAUUCCACUACAUCAAGUAAAGAAAGGAGUGUGAUUAUGAAUGAUCUCAUGUCCGAUUCUCCUAAAAUCAGAUUGUUAUAUGUCACUCCUGAAAUGGGAGCCCAACAGCAUUUCCAGGAAACUAUAAUUCAGUUAAGAAAAGCAAAGACACUCUCUUACUUUGUUAUUGAUGAAGCUCAUUGUUUAAGUGAAUGGGGACAUGAUUUUCGACCAAGUUAUAGACAGCUAGGAGUGUUCAAAAAAUUGUGUCCAGAUAUACCUGUCAUUGCAUUAACGGCAACUGCUGCAAAGCAGGUAAAAGAUGAUAUUCUUCAAAGUCUGCAUAUGAAAGAUGCCUUAAUAUUUUCUCAGCCGGUAUUUCGUUCUAACUUAUUUUAUGAUGUAUGGUUCCUAGAAACAUUAGAUAAACCAUUUAUCCAUUUGAAAAACUUUAUUUUGAAUGCACUUGGUCCUUCAGAUGAUACCAUCCCUAUGCAUAAGAGGAAUUGUGGUAUUAUUUAUUGUAGGAAGAAGGAAGCUACUGAAAUUGUUGCACAUAAACUCAGUCUAGCUGGUAUUACUACGCUAGCGUAUCAUGGAAGUUUGAAAGCUCAAGAACGUAAUGAAGUGCAAAAUAAGUGGACUGUAGGCGAAGUACCUGUUAUCGCGGCAACAUGCAGUUUCGGAAUGGGUGUUGACAAAGGAUCCGUCAGAUUUGUGGUUCAUUGGACAGUACCUCAAAAUAUUGCAGCAUAUUAUCAAGAAUCAGGAAGAGCUGGUAGAGAUGGCAACCCGGCAUUUUGCAGGAUUUACUUUAGUAAUGAAGAAUUUGGACCCAUUUCGUUUCUCAUCAAAGAGGAAAUCACAGGAAAGAAAACGGAGCUUGUGAAAAUAAAAUGGGAGAAUUUUGAAAAAAGCGUUGCAUAUUGUUUAGAGACGAAAUGUCGACAUGCAGUGUUUUCUAAAUACUUUGGAGAUUCUCCACCAUUAUGCAAGAAUAAAUGCGAUGUAUGUAAAAAUAAGGACGAAGUGCAAGCAAGGAUUUCACAGUUUGAAAUGUGUCAGUCGAGAUCUCGAAAAUCCCGAGGCAACUUGGGCAGUAUAAUGCGAACAGACAAAGAUGAUGAAGACGAUGCAUCUUUCGAGAAAGAAUCAAGAGAGAAAAUAAUAGCAGCUGAAAAACAAGAGGCUAAAGAACUUAUUAUGCAGCAGUUUGCUCUUCGACGUGGGGUAUCUAAAGAAGACGAAAUCAGGCGUCAAAACAUCGUGAAUGCAAAAAAGGCGCAUGUUCAUGCAGCCAGUAGUACUGAUAGAAAAAUAAAGGGAUUAACUGUUCAGGUGCGAGAACAUCUUUACAAUGAAUUAAAAACGAUGUUGUUUGAAAAUUAUCAACAUUCAUGUUUGAAGGAUAGUAAACAACUUCAGGAGAACGAAGUGCAUAAUAUAGCCAGUGAUUUGGAAUACAAAAUAUUUUCCAGUACUAAGGUGCCAAAUAAAUACAAGUUUGAUAUGUCUAAAUUGAUUUCGUCGGUACGAAAAUGCACUAAUAGUAAUACAGCGUAUGAAGCGAUACGUGAUUAUAAUAUUAUUAAGUCUCAUAAUAUAGAGCUUAAUGAUUCUCAUAUUGGCGAUAUACCUACCCUGGAAGAAGUAAACACAUCUGAAAUGGAAUAUAACAGCAACAAUUGCUUAUCAAAUGACAUUAAUAAAAAGAUUUUUACAUCUGCUUUCAAAACUGCGUUAGAAAUUAGAAAUGAAAAAAAGUUACAAGCAUCAGAUAAAAGUGAAACGGUUCGAUCUAAGAAGUCGCCGGUUAAAAUUGUUGAAGUAUAUCAAACCAAAAAUCAAACAUCCGUUUCUAAUGAUACUAGUAGCGCACAAAAAAGUACACGUAAAGACAACAUACCACAGAUGCAGAUAUCGAAUGACUUUGUUUGUGCACGAAAAAUUCAUGAAAGCAACAUACAUUUGUCCAAAUCAGGUGCAAGUUCCUCCAAAUUAAAAACCCGUAGAAGUAAGAUAGAUAAAGGUAUUAAAAAAGCGAAUAAAUCCGUUUACGAGCAAAUUUUGGCAUCAACGCGAUCACCUGUAAAGACUACAAACGAAAGUUCCAAUAUUUCUAUCGAAAUAGAAUCGAAAACUGUUGACCUUAUCGUCGAGACUGUUAAAAAUAAAGACAAGACUGUCGAGGAUAAGAGUAAAAAUAAAAGAAGUCGUGAAUCUAUCGAAUAUCUGGAAGACGACGUAAAACCAGUAGAAAAAAAAAGAGUUGAACACAAGGAACAUGAUAAGAGUGACAAUUCUAUAUUUGAUAAAAAUAUUAAUAAAAAAAUCACAGGUGAUAAGAUUGUCAUUGAAGCUGUUCGAAACGACAUACAUUCAAUUUCUAACGUUGAUAUCACAUGUCAAGAUUUUCUGAUAACAAAGAAAAAUAAAAUUAAAAUAAGGCAGCACAGUGAAACCUCAGAAACUAAUCUAGAAUUAAAGAAGGAUAAAGAGAUGAACCUGUCGGUUCAGUCAAAACAUCACUCUGGCAGAAGUAGUAAUAGACUGAGAGUACCGGCAGAUAAAGCUAUGCAAUUUAAGACAGCGGAAAUUUUAAAAUCGUACCUAAUGAAAUAUUACCCGUCAGAGCGUAUACCAGAUAGAGCAACGUUCUCAAAAACUUGCCGAGAAAUGCACUACAGUAUGUUGAGGAAGAAAAUAUUCGAUAAGGAAGAGAUACACAAUUUUGUCGUAAGAUUCAUGACCCAAACUUGAAAAAUAAUUUUAUUUCAAGUUUAAUCUGUUAUUUUAUGACUUUUGCCGACCCGCCGAACUAUGGGAGAACGACGCCAUUUAAAAUUAAUAAGUUCAAUUGUGAAUAAAUUUUCAAUAAUGUAUCUAUACAAUAUUCAUGUAUUUGUAACAUGUAUUUAUUGUAUUAGCAGCUAUAGUUGUUUAUAAUUUAACAUGCGCCAGAGCGUUAGAGGAAAAAUAAAAUUUACUUCAUAUCAAUGA